AUGGGUAAAGCUGAGGAAUCUCUUACAACCCGAUGUUCGACCAGGAUCCGCGAUGCCGAGAUGAAGGCCGAGGUGGUGGAGGGACAACUACAGAUCUCCAAGACCGAGCGACAGAAGCUGGAAGGCAAGGAUGAGAAAUUGAACCACGUUCACGUUUCAGCUCAUCAGACGGAGCCCACGCCAAAGUUAGGCGCUGAAUGGGCGAAUGCUCAGCUUGAGAAUUUCUGA